AGACAAAGUUAUAAAGCCUGUAAUAAUAGCUAGCAAAAUCAAAAGUUAAAACUUCCUUUAUUAGCGAAAAGAACGAAAGUGAUGGGAAGGCUUUCGCAAUUCAAAGAAUCGCAUCCAACUCGACGGCACCCCAUUCUCGUUUCUAGUCCAAAAGGCGAAUGAAGGGUCAUAGAAAUAAAAAGGGUCCUGGAAACUAGAGUUUUUGCGCACCGAUUAAUUUUGUGUCCGGUUACACGACAAUUAUUUUUCAUGGUGGAUGCCAUUCCAGGUGUGCUCCCGUCGUCAUGCUGUUAGAAAGGAUACCUGUCUCGUUUUUCUACUACUUGUUUUAAGAAAAAACCGCUAGCUCUUACACCAUCAUAAAGUACUUGUCGCAUAUCAAAAUUACUACAGCCGAUGCAUACCCAAACAAGAAAAACUGACGUAAACAAACUGAGAUGGCGAAUCAUCAUACCGAUCUGUUUAAAUGGAAAAGAAAAACAAAUCCAAUGGAAAUUGGAAGAAAAGGAAAGAAAGAUAAAAUGAAGGACUGGAUAAAAAAAGUUCAAGAUGCUUCUGAACGUGCUGCACUUGAGGCAUAUGGUACAGAUAUUUUCGAAACAGAUCAUUUAGGAGAAUUUGUUCCAGAUGAUGAAGCCUUGUAUGAAGCACAGGAGUUAUUAGAUGGAUGGUUGCAAGAGAAAAUGUUUCCAAAUAUGCAGCAUGAGUUAGAACACAAAAAGGAAAGUUGGUCGUCUAAUAAAAGAUUAAUGUUGGAUGCUGACACAUAUUUACAUAGUGGUAACAAAAACAAAGUAGACUACCUGACAGACUUUCGAAACACUUUCUUAGAUAUAGACACAAAUCAUGAAGAAGAAGAAGAAAUCCCAAAACCAAUUUUUUUUCCUGAGGCUGCUUCAGCUGCACAAGAUUAUACCAACUACUUAUUGGAAGUUGGCAAUAUAGAUAACGAUGAUAUUGAUGACAGCUUAGUAGUCCAAGAAGUUCUACGAGGGAUGAUGAAUAAAGAGGUUGUAAAAAACAUCGACCUUGGGAUGAAGCCACUUGUAAGAAGGUUAAAAGAUCCAGUACCAAAGAUGAAUUUAAGACAUCAACAGGUGAAAAUGAAUGGUGCUGAAAGAAAAAGUAAAGUUGCUGCAAAAAAGUUAGAACUAUCCACUCAAAAAGAAAUAGAGCAAAAAGCCAGGGCUAAAGUAGCAGAAGAAGAAAAACAAAAGAAACUAAAAGAGAAAGUGGAAGAAAAAGCAAUUAAGUUAGAAAUGGUUAGGAUUAGAAAAGAACUGGAAGAUGAGAAAAGGAAACGAUUUGAAGAAUCUGAACGAAAAAAGAAGAUUCUUGAUGAAGCUAAACUUCAGAUGCAGAAAGAAUUACGUAGAAAGAAAGAACACAGAAAAACCGAAAGUUUAAGGAGAAAAGAAGCUGAAGAACAGAUGCGUUUGCAUGUAGAGUAUGAAGCUGAGAAAAAGUCACUCAAAGAGCUUAAACAAAAUAUGCAAAUAUUACACAAGCACUUCUCUUUGUGGUAUAAUCUGGUUCUCGAAACAAGAAUAAAAGUGGGAAAGGCACGUGCUGUUGCAGAUUGGAAGUGUAAACUUAAAGCUUGGAACGCAUGGAAGGCUUAUGUUACUUGUGUGCGUUCUAGCGAGGAGGCAAGAACUAUUGAACAGAGUUUAAAAGAAAAAUACAGGAAAGAACAAAUGGCUAUUAAAUACAGCAAUAAAAAACUGCUUCAUACUUGUUUUAUAUCAUGGUUAAAAUAUGCACGCUAUCAAGUUGAGAAAAAAAUUCUACUUGCUGAACAUGAAAAGAAAGCAAAGAAGAUGGCCAUGUUUCUUGAAGCAGCUUCGAAAGGAUUACUGUGGAAAGACAAGAAAGAAUGUAUUGUUUCAUCAAAUGAAAAAAUUGUUCUUACCAACGAAAAGGUAAAUGACCAGCAGCUUCAUCAGACACAUCUCCGUAACAAGACACAAAAAUUACCAACAGGUAAAUCUCACUUCCAAAAACACAAAGAAAAGAGAAAUGAAGAAGUGCACCAACAUAAUAAAAUGCCAUGUAAAGAUGUUGAAAAUAUCCCGAGACAGAAUUCUGUAUAUACUAAGAAGUCUGUGGUGACUGAGAAUUACAUGAUACAACAUAACAUAGCAAAGUCUUUUUCUGCACCACUGAUCAAACAUUCUAUUGGUGCAAAGAAUGAUGUCUUACAUGAUGCGAACCCCACCAGAAGUGACCCAGCAGAGUCAGUUGUAACAGUUCCCAUUAAGCACUUUCAUGUCCGAUCACAGAAACAAACAACAAAACCUCUACAUUUAGCUAUGGAGGAACGUGAAAGUCAAAGAAGGGAAAGAAAAGCACAGCUGGAAGAACAGAAAAGAAAAAAAGAAGAAGAAAAAUUAAAUGUAUUACGCAAACGUGAAGAGGAGAGAUUACGAAAGGAGGAGUUAGAGAAGGAAGAAAAAAUAAAGCAACGGAAAGAGCAACGCAGGUUGGAAAUACAGAAAGAAAAAGAAAAGCAGUUAAGACAAGAACAAGCUCGCAUCAAAACAAAUCUCGCAACCACUCAUUACCAGAACUUUUUGUUGCGAAAAUAUGGCUUGGAACCACUAAAGCGAUUAAUUCAAGUAGCACAGUUAAAUUUAGAAAUAAGUAAUAAAUACUGCAGUGGAAGGUUACUUAGAAUAGUAUUCGUGUCAUGGUACACAAACACAAAAGAAGUUGUGACUGAAAAGAAAAAUAAGGCCGACUAUUGUUACGAGAAGAUCUUGUUAAAAAGAAGUUUAAGGUCAUGGCAAAAGGUAAGAUUCAACCUGCAAAUGUUGAACAAGAUAGCAAGAAAACAUAAUAUCCAACGGAUAAAAAAACAUGCUUUUAAUGCAUGGCAAGAUUAUGUGACAGAUGAACGUAUUUUAAUGUGGGCGAAAGAAAGUUCAGCAGAUGAACAUAAUCAAGCACGUAUAACAAAGCUGUAUUUCCAUACAUUGGUUAAUUUUGUAAGCUUGGUAAAAGAAGAACGUGUAAGAGAGAAGCGUAAAAAUGAUUUGCGAAAAAAAGUGCAACAAUGGUUACCUGAUUUUCAAGGUAAAACUGAAAGUGUUUAGCAUUUGCUAUUAUUUGGCAGACGAAACAAAUGAAAAGAUAUGGCUACCUUGGAUAGUUUGAGGUCGUACGUUUUAAAUGAUAACACCGCUGAUAUUUAUGCAUUGUGCAACAGAUUUCUUUACGUAAAAA